AAGUUCAACAGCUGUUGCCGGGAACACGUUGCAGUUUUGCUGCUCGUUUAGCGUUUUCUAUUUUCUUUGCGUAUUUGUGUGUAUUUAUUCAAUUCCAAUAAAACAACACAGAAAUUAAACGAAAUGGCAAACAUCGAACGAAAGGGUACCUUUAAGGUGGAGUAUCUUCAGCAAAUUGAGCGUGAUAUGCAGAGGCGCUGGGAAGCUGAACAUGUACACGAAACUGAUGCGCCAGCUGAGCCACGCCAAAGUCUGGAUGAGAAGUUCUUUGUCACUUUUCCCUUUCCCUACAUGAAUGGUCGCCUACAUUUGGGUCAUACAUUCUCGCUAUCUAAAGCCGAGUUUGCUAUGCGUUACCAUCGGCUAAAGGGACGACGUGUGCUUUGGCCAUUUGGUUUUCACUGCACUGGCAUGCCUAUUAAAGCAUGCGCCGAUAAGUUGAAACGGGAAUUGCAAGACUUUGGCUAUCCGCCUAAAUUUCCGUUGGAAGAAAACUCAAAUGUUCCCGUAGAGCCGGAACAAGGCGAGGUGCCAAAAGACAAAUCCAAGGGUAAGAAGAGCAAGGCAGUUGCCAAAACAGCUGCCGCCAAAUAUCAGUGGCAGAUUAUGCAAAGUCUUGGUUUGAAAGAUGAAGAGAUCAAGAAUUUCGCAGAAGCAGAAUACUGGUUGAACUAUUUUCCGCCUCUGGCUAUCAAGGAUCUAAAAAGUCUAGGCCUUCAUGUAGACUUUCGGCGCACUUUCAUCACGACUGAUGCGAAUCCCUAUUACGAUUCAUUUGUACGUUGGCAAUUUCUCCAUCUAAAAAAUCGCGGCAAAGUGAUGUACGGUAAGCGUUACACCAUUUACUCACCAAAAGAUGGUCAACCUUGCAUGGAUCAUGACCGUUCAACGGGCGAGGGGGUAGGCCCACAAGAAUACACCUUGAUUAAAAUGAAGUUGCUUGCAAAGCCAGCAAAGCUGAGCACACGUCGUGCAGCGCGAAAUAUGUCCUUCCAGGGCUUUACUGUCGAAGAAGGAAAGGUAAUAGAGAUCGCCGAGCUGACUGGUCAGGAUUUGUUGGGCACACCGCUUGCGGCGCCAAUGACAUCACACAAAGUUAUCUACACUUUGCCAAUGUUGUCGAUUAAAGAAGAUAAAGGCACUGGGGUCGUGACGUCUGUACCUUCCGAUUCGCCUGAUGAUUAUGCGGCCUUAGUAGAUUUGCAGAAAAAAGAAGCAUUCCGUCAAAAGUACAACAUCAAGGAUGAGAUGGUACUACCUUUUACGCCCGUGCCUAUCAUAGAGGUGCCCACGUUGGGAAACACAUGUGCUAUCUACGCCUAUGAAAAAUUUAAAAUACAGUCCCAGAAUGACAAAGACAAAUUGGCUGAAGCGAAGGAGCUUUGCUACUUGAAAGGAUUUUACGAUGGCGUACUUUUGGUUGGUGAAUUCGCUGGACGCAAAGUGCAGGAUAUAAAAAAAGAUUUACAGAAAAAACUUUUAGCCGCGAAUGAAGCUGAAAUCUAUUAUGAACCAGAAAAACUAAUUCUUUCCCGUUCUGGCGAUCAGUGUGUAGUGGCACUUUGCAAUCAAUGGUAUUUGAACUACGGCGAGCCUGUGUGGCAAGCGCAGACCAAAAUGAUGCUGGAUGGCAUGGAGGUAUACCACGAAGAGGCGCGCAAUAACUUCGAAGCAUGCUUGAAUUGGUUGCACGAAUACGCCUGCUCUCGAACUUAUGGGCUUGGCACAAAGCUGCCGUGGGACCAACAGUGGCUUAUUGAAUCGCUAUCCGAUUCCACAAUUUAUAUGGCUUUCUACACAGUUGUGCACCUUCUGCAAGCCGGAUCCUUUAGAGGCGAAAUACCGAGUCCACUAGGCAUUACCGCCAAAGAUAUGACACCCGACGUGUGGGAUUACAUUUUCUUUACGGAAACUCCCUAUUCCGAUAAACUGCCGGUAAAGAAAGAAUCGCUAGACAUUUUGCGUCGCGAAUUCGAGUACUGGUACCCUAUGGACCUACGUGUCAGCGGCAAGGAUUUGAUUAAUAACCAUCUAACAUUUAUGCUCUACAACCACGCUGCCAUUUGGCCAAAUGACGAAGACAAGUGGCCUUUGGGCACCCGAGUCAAUGGCCAUCUACUGCUAAAUUCCGCCAAAAUGUCCAAGUCUGAUGGCAAUUUUCUUACACUCUACGAAGCCGUUGAGAAAUUUUCUGCUGAUGGUACGCGACUUUGUCUGGCCGACUCCGGCGACGGCGUAGAAGAUGCCAACUUCGUUGUAAGCACUGCCGAUGCUGGUAUUCUUCGGCUGUACACAUUUAUUGAGUGGGUGAAAGAGAUGCUAGCUUCACGUGCAUUGCUCCGUAAGGGCGAACCGGACACUUUCAACGACAAGGUGUUCAUCAGUGAAAUGAAUCUGAAGACGCGCGAAACCGACGAGAAUUAUCGCAAAAUGUUGUUCAAAGAAGCGCUGCGCACUGGUUUCUAUGAGCUGCAACUAGCGCGUGACAAAUAUCGCGAGCUGUCUGGGGCGCAAGGUAUGCAUGAGCAGUUGGUGCUGGAGUUUAUACGCCGCCAAGCACUUCUUGUGGCGCCCAUUUGUCCACAUGUCGCCGACUAUGUGUGGGGCCUGCUAGGCAAUAAGCAGUCCAUAGUACACGCACGCUGGCCUAGCGUAGGCGAAAUCAAUGAGGUUGAUAUUAAACGAUCUGAGUAUUUGAUGGAAGCGGCGCAUUCGUUCCGUCUCAAUCUGAAGAAUUUACUUCAUGUCAAGGGCAAGGGUGGCAAGGAGAAGGCAGUGGACCCGGCAAGUGUCAAGCCAGAUCGCGCAUUAGUCUGGGUAGCCAAAACUUACCCACCGUGGCAGUGUUGUGUGCUCGACACGCUGCGUGAGUUGUAUAGCAAAGAUGGCAAGUUUCCGGACAAUAAAAUUAUUGCGGCAACGCUGCAGCAAAAGGAGCAGCUAAAGAAGUUCAUGAAGCGUGUAAUGCCCUUCGCGCAAAUGAUACGCGAGAAAGUGGAAAGUGGCAAAGGUGUUGAUGCGCUCGCCAUCAAUUUGGAAUUCGACGAGCGACAAGUGCUGCUUAACAAUCUGGACUAUCUGAAAAAUACAUUAGAUGUGGAUGACUUAGAAGUUAAAUACACAGACGAUCCCAGUGCACCAGAGAAGACGCGUGAAGAGGUGCGUCCUGGCUCACCUUUCAUAGCGUUUAUGAUAGCGCCGAAUGUAACAGUCGAACUGGUAAAUCCAGUUGAGCGUUCUGGAUUGUUUCAAGUAAACACAGUCAUUUGUGAAGGCGACACGGUAAAGCAGUUGAUUGAAAAACUGGCAAAGUUGAUAAACUUUAAAGCUGACCUGUCAACUCUCAAAAUUUGGCGCUAUGAUGAUCCAGCGCUUGGACCACGCCAAAUUCCAUUAUUCCAAGAUUACAAAACCGGCAAGACUCCAUUGACCGAGGGCGAAUUUUCAUUAGAUGUAGAGAAGAAGCAGGUUUCAUUGAAAGUCGAUGACAAAGUUGUCGAAGUUGGUCGCCAAUUCAUCUAUGUGGUUGAUUAGUUUGCCCCAUUAAGAUAUUAAAAAAAAAAUUAUUAAUUUAUUUAAAUAAAUUAAUUUACAAUAAUUUAUAAUUAUUUAAAGAAUUCGGAAUUUCACAACAAAAGAUUUGCUGAGCAUGUAAAAGGUUACUGAGUUACGUCCUAUGUAUAAAUAAAAAGUUGGUACAG